UACAUGUAUGUGAUUUCUGACUCACCACGAUUUUUUGUCAAAAGUGAUCUAACUGUUAAGCUAGAUAAAAUACUCUUGGCAUAUGUCUUUAGUAGAAUAACUUAUCGUCGUUUUAAAACUAUUAAUUCGAAAUAGGUAUAUAAUAAACAAAAUUGAAAAGUACUUAACACAGCAAAACGCGUUGUCACUUGGCAGUCGCCAUGUUUAUUAGGCACAUAUCUUCAUUAGAUAUUUGACAUAGUAUGACGCAUACGUAUUAUUUCCGAAUGAAAUACUGAAGAAAUUAAACUAAAUUACUGUUAUACUAACUAAUUCAUACAACUAAAAUAUAAAAAAUAAACAUUGAAUUAAAUAAGUAUCGAAAUCAUUAUUUCUUAUAUGUUAUCCACAAUAACAUGAUUGUCCCUAUGUAGUUUCGGAUACAAUAUUAAUGCGGAUUUAAAUUUAAGUUAAUUGUAAUGAAAGUCUGUCUAUUCAGAAUUAUUUUUGCAAAGUAUAUUUGAUCACUGUAAUAAAAGUUUACUUAAAUAAAUUGAAAUUUGGAAAUUUACCUUCUACUUGUACCUCAUUGUAAUUUGUACUCCACACUCUUGUUUAAUUAAAUAUAAAUUAAAAUGUACAAUUUUAUAAGUUAAUAAUAUCCACCAUCAAUAAAUGAUGUGUACUACAUAAUUAUUAAGUAUAACAGUGUAUAUUAACACUGUUCUUAGUUACGUUCAUGAAUUCUUAUCGUCUUGAACGUGCUUCUAUACGACGUACAACUAUAAAUGUCACUUCUGUUUUAUGUAGUUAAACAGUUUAUACGAUAUUUGUAAUUCAUUGGAUUCAAUACCUAAUAAUAAGUAGUGAAAUUUCAAACUUUAAACAUUAAUUUUUACAGCUAAGUCUUUAGUAUCCAAGAUAACCAGUUAUGAUUAACAAUUUAAGGUUAUUUUAUAUUGGAAAUUAAGCAAACAUUUUCGUUGGAUAUUAACAUAUUCAACAAAUAAGUACAAAAUGAAAAGAUCACAUUCUAAAAGUGAUAGGGAUGAUUACGAUCGAAGGCAUCGUUCACGAGAUCGUCAUUACCACAAUGAUAGAAACAGUAGGAGAUACGAUGAUCACAAAAGAAAAUAUGAUUAUGAAGAAUCAUACACAGAGGAACGAUCACAUAGACGACGUGAUGUAAAAGGAUCAAGAGAUCAUGAAAAAGAAAAUAAAAGGAAAGAAGAAAAAGAUAAAGGAUCAGAUAAAAACAUGGAGAAAAGACAAGGAAAGAGUGCUUCUUCUGAGGUAACCGAGAGACAAAACCGCACAGUUGAUUUAUUAACAUCAAGAACUGGCGGUGCAUAUAUUCCACCUGCAAAAUUACGCAUGAUGCAAGCAGAAAUCACGGAUAAAUCAGGUGCUGCAUACCAACGCAUCGCAUGGGAAGCCUUAAAGAAAUCCAUUCAUGGUCAUAUUAAUAAAGUUAAUGUUAGUAAUAUAGGACUUAUAACUCGAGAACUUUUAAAAGAAAACAUUGUUAGAGGUAGAGGUUUGCUCGCUCGAUCUAUAAUUCAAGCACAAGCAGCGUCCCCAACCUUUACUGCUGUUUAUGCUGCUCUUACUGCAAUCAUUAAUUCUAAAUUUCCUAAUAUUGGAGAAUUAAUUUUAAAACGUCUUGUAAUACAGUUUAAACGUGGUUUUCGAAGAAAUGAUAAACCUCUUUGUAUUUCUGCUGGAACAUUUAUAGCACAUUUAGUAAAUCAAAGAGUAGCUCAUGAAAUAUUAGCUUUAGAAAUAUUGACAUUAUUAGUAGAAACACCGACAGAUGAUUCCAUUGAAGUAGCCAUUGCAUUUUUAAAAGAAUGUGGUAUGAAAUUGACUGAAGUUUCUAGAAAGGGUAUUGAAGCUAUAUUUGAAAUGUUAAGAAACAUAUUACAUGAAGGUCAAUUAGAUAAAAGAGUUCAGUACAUGAUUGAAGUUAUGUUUCAAGUUCGAAAAGAUGGAUUUAAAGAUCAUGAAGCAGUUCCAGAUGAACUUGAUCUUGUUGAAGAGGAAAAUCAGUUUACUCAUCUAGUAACAUUAGAUGAAGCAACUGAUUCUCAGGACAUAUUAAAUGUUUUCAAAUUUGAUGCAGAAUAUGUCAAUAAUGAAGAUAAAUAUAAACAAUUAAGUAAAGAAAUAUUAGGUUCAGAUGUUAGUGGAUCAGAAAGUGAAGAAGAUGACGAAGAAGAAAGUUCAGAUGAAGAUAGCAGCACUGCUGUAAUGGAAGGAAAAGAAGAUGUAAUUGUAGAUAAUACUGAAACAAAUUUAACAGCUCUUAGAAGAACAAUAUAUUUAACCAUUCAUUCGUCGCUUGACUUCGAAGAAUGUGCACAUAAGUUAAUGAAGAUGCAAUUAAAACCUGGACAGGAAACAGAACUUUGUCAUAUGUUCCUAGAUUGCUGUGCAGAAAUGAGAACAUACGAGAAAUUUUUUGGACUAUUAGCAGGUCGAUUUUGUGCUAUUAAUAAGAUGUAUGUUACACCAUUUGAACAAAUUUUUCGGGAUUCGUAUCAUACAAUACACCGUUUAGAUACAAAUAAAUUACGUAAUGUAUCGAAAUUUUUUGCUCAUUUAUUGUUCACUGACUCUAUUUCAUGGGAGGUAUUAUCUUGUAUAAAAUUGACAGAAGAUGACACAACAAGUUCUAACAGAAUAUUUAUCAAAAUUUUAUUUCAAGAACUUUCAGAAUAUAUGGGACUAUCUAAACUUAAUCAACGAGUUAAAGAUGUCACAUUACAGGAAGCAUUCGAAGGACUAUUCCCCAGAGAUGAUCCAAAAAAUACACGAUUUGCUAUAAAUUUCUUUACAUCAAUUGGUUUGGGAGGACUUACAGAUGAUUUGAGGGAACAUUUAAAAGCACAUCCAAAGCCAGCAGUAGUGCCUGUAAUAGAACAAAAACCUGAAAGUGCAUCCAAUGAAUCCUCUCCUUCCAGUUCAAGUACAUCGUCUUCAUCGUCGUCUUCAUCUUCUUCAUCCAGUAGUUCAAGUUCAGAUGAUUCUGAUUUUUCCUCAGAAGAAGAAGUGAUUAAAAGAAAGAAAAGAACGAAGAAAGACAAAAGGAAAAAACAGACUGCAAGAGAAAUGAAGAAGAAACAUAAGAAAAAAGAUAAGAAAAAAAUAAAAAAGCCUAAGUAAAAUAUGCGUACAACAAUUUUGUUUUUCAUUCUUUAUUGAUAUUAUUCUUUUUUGAAUAAUACAUUUCAAAAACAUGUAUACCAGCAUAUUGUAAAUUAAAACAUUUGUACACUUUGUGAUACAAAUGUAUACACAUUAUUUAUAGGAACUUAAAAUUCUUAGAAUAUUGCUAAUUUUUAAUAAAUAUAUUUUCAUCAGUAA